AAAAAAAAAAACAAUAGAAAUAAAAAAAUAAAAUAGAAUAUCCGACAUCGGCAAUUUACUUACGUGUUAUGUUUAUUUUAUAUUUAAAAGCAAUCUAUCUUUAAAGUUUAAUUUAAAAUGAAAUUCUUGUAUAUUAUAUUUAUUUUUUGGACAAUAGUUAAUUGUGAUGAACAUACGCAUAUAUACAAGGAUGGAGAACAAGUGGUGCUAUGGAUGAAUACUGUAGGACCAUAUCACAACCGUCAAGAGACAUACGCAUACUUUUCACUACCGUUUUGUAUUGGUACAAAAGUUACUAUUGGACAUUACCAUGAAACUUUAUCUGAGGCGUUACAAGGGGUUGAACUAGAAUUUAGCGGUCUGGAUAUUACCUUUAAAGAUAAUGUACCAGCACAACAAUUCUGUGCUAUUGAAUUGAAUGAACAAUCAUAUAAAGCAUUGGUUUAUGCAGUAAAAAAUCACUAUUGGUAUCAAAUGUACAUAGAUGACCUUCCUAUAUGGGGUAUCGUUGGCGAAGUUGACGGUGACCAGUAUUAUAUUUGGACCCACAAGAAAUUUGACAUUGGAUACAAUGGAAAGAGGAUUGUAGAAGUAAACCUUACAGCUGAGAAUAAAGAACGACUCACGCCUGAUGCUAAGAUCCCAUUCACAUAUGAAGUUAACUGGAAGAAGAGUAAUAUCAAUUUUGAAGAUCGUUUUGACAAAUAUUUAGAUCCAAACUUCUUUCAACAUCGUAUUCAUUGGUUUAGUAUUUUUAACAGUUUUAUGAUGGUUAUAUUUUUGGUAGGUCUUGUGUCUAUGAUUCUUAUGAGAACAUUGCGUAAGGAUUAUGCAAGGUACUCAAAAGAUGAUGAUCUUGAUGAUUUAGAAAAAGAUUUGGGGGAUGAAUAUGGGUGGAAGCAAGUUCACGGUGAUGUAUUCAGGCCUGUGCCACACUUGGCUUGCUUCUCGGCUCUUGUUGGUGCUGGAUACCAGUUGACAGUUGUUACUCUUGCUGUAAUAAUAUUCACCAUAUUUGGGGAACUUUAUACAGAAAGAGGUUCAUUACUCUCUACUGCAAUAUUUAUUUAUGCAGCAACUUCUCCAAUUAAUGGGUAUUUUGGUGGAUCACUUUAUGCUAGGAUGGGUGGUAAGUUAUGGAUUAAGCAAAUGCUUUUAUCUGCAUUUCUACUACCUGUAUUAGUUUGUGGAACUGCAUUCUUUAUAAAUUUCAUUGCAAUGUAUUAUCAUGCUUCUAGGGCUAUUCCAUUUGGUAGCAUGAUUGCGGUUAUGUCAAUCUGUACUUUUGUCAUACUACCUCUGACAUUGGUGGGUACUGUGCUUGGACGUAACCUGGCAGGUCAACCAGAUUAUCCUUGCCGCAUCAAUGCUGUUCCAAGGCCUAUCCCAGAAAAGAAAUGGUUUAUGGAGCCAUUCAUUAUAAUUAUAAUGGGAGGCAUUUUGCCAUUUGGAUCUAUUUUUAUUGAAAUGUAUUUUAUAUUUACAUCAUUCUGGGCAUACAAAAUUUAUUAUGUCUAUGGAUUUAUGCUUCUAGUGUUUUUGAUCUUGAUGAUAGUUACUGUCUGUGUAACAAUUGUAUGCACCUAUUUUUUGCUGAAUGCUGAAGAUUAUCGUUGGCAGUGGACAAGUUUUCUUUCAGCUGGAAGCACUGCACUUUAUGUGUAUCUGUAUUCCUUCUACUACUUUAUAUUUAAAACUAAGAUGUAUGGCCUUUUCCAGACCACUUUCUACUUUGGUUACAUGGCUUUAUUCAGUCUAGCACUUGGCAUAAUUUGUGGUACAGUGGGAUAUCUGGGCACAAGCAUAUUUGUUAGAAAAAUAUAUUCUACUGUAAAAAUUGAUUGAAAUAAUUUCAUUUAUAAGGUUGAAAAUGUAAUUUAUGUUUAUAAUGUAUGACUAUUUUCUUUAAAUAACUUGAUUGUUUUAGUUAGCUGUUUAUAUUAAUCAGUUUAAUUAAAACACUGCAUGGAUAGUCAUAAUCAUCAAUGGAAUAAACAUAAAAAAAUGUUAUUAUACCUAGUUGAUCUAUUUUAGGUAAAUGUAAAUAAUUACAUUCCUAAUUAUGAGAUAUCAGAUGUCAACCAGUUAAUACAUGAUAUAGCAUUUAAAAUAAUAUUACUAAUUGAUUAUGACAAUUUUAAAAAGAAAAUUUAAAUCGAGUAUGUUGUUAUUCUUUAUGUUUUACAAUUACCUACUUGAUACUCUUUAGAACUUCAUUAAAAUUUUUAGCAAGUAUGAUAGGAAUUACAGUUUGUGUGAAUAAUAAGUGAAUGACAAAUUAUCAAUCUACACAUGAUUUAUUAUAGUUGUCUUUUGGAAAUUAAUUAAAUUGAUAUAAAGUAUUGGUUAUUUUUUUUUAUACAUAGUGGAAUGAAGUCUGUAAAUAUCUAAUGUGUUAGUAAUUAUUAAAUUUUAAUGGUUAUGUAUGCACUAUUAUGUGUGAUUGGAUAUAAUUUUAGUUUAAUAACAGUCAAGUUGUGUUUGUUCUUGUUUAUUUUUAUAAAUGAUCCUUUAAUGCCCUUCAGUUUUAUAGUUUCUAUUCAAGUCUUGUAAAAAGUAAAGAUUAUUCACACAUUAUAAAUCUGGAAUAUAAUUGUACUGAGUAAUUGGGGAGUGUAUUAUUAUUUAGUGGUAACUGGAAAUAUAAAUUCAAGUAUUGUAAAUAUUAGUAUGUAUAAAAAAAUGAAUUUCAAUAUUUACUUAAAACUUUCGCAAAUUAAAUUUCAUUAGUAACUUCAAUAUGUAUUUGUACAGAAAAAUGAUAUGAUUGUAAGCCAUUCAAAAUAAUUUAUAUUGUAUUCAAUUUUAUUGAAAUAAAGGUGAUUAAUAGAUAUAAGGUUAUAUUAUUUU